CACCUGCUGCUGCUUUCGGUCUGUGAGUCGGAGGACGGUGCACAUGAGGGAGUUGUUGGCGCCUCCCCGACACUGCCUACGUUUGACCCGUUGUCUCCUCAGUCGAGUGGUUCCGGAUCUGAUUCAGCAACCGCCAGGCUCAAGAUUCACCAUGGUGUUGCAGGUAUAAUAGUAGAGGGAGUCUCAGAGCAAGCCCCACAAGUUGGUCUUCAGUUCAACCGACAUCACCCAGACUCGCCAAGACAAAGAGUUGGAUAAAUUCUCUAAAUUAAACUAGGAAAUACCAGAUUAUUACCAGCUAGGGAUCUGAUCACCACCAGUCAGGAUGACUACCCUGACCUCUAACCUUAGCCUGACAGAGAACAUCACCACCAUCAUCCGACCCCCUUACUUCUACAUCAGUGGAUUCAUAGGGAUCCCCCACAUUAAGUACUACUAUGUCUUCCUCUCCCUUGUAUACAUCAUCACUCUGGUGGGCAAUACCAUCAUCAUGGUUGUUAUCUGCAUGGCACGCAUUCUCCACAGCCCCAUGUACAUCGCUGUUUUCAACCUGGCCUUCACCGAUAUAUGUGAGAGCACGGCCUUGGUCCCCAAGCUCCUGGAUAUGUUCCUGUUUGACAGACAGUACAUCUCCUACGACCAGUGCCUCUUGAACCUAUUCUUUGUCGUCAUCUUCCACUUCAUGCAGUCCUUCAACCUCACCAUCCUCUCCUAUGACAGACUGGUGGCUAUCUGCUGCCCACUCAGGUACCAUAUGUUAGUGAAUCACAGGUCCAUGUUUCAGCUGACUGGUGCUGCCUGGGUGUUGGCUGUGUUCAUCAUUUUGAUCUUUGUUGGAUUGAUCACCCGCCUCUCCUUCUGUGGGUCUGUCGAGAUCAACAGUUACUUCUGUGACCCUUAUCCUCUGUACAGCCUGGCAGCCCCCUGUUCUGAUGUACUCCCUACCCAUGUAAUGUCACACCUCAUCCCCUUUAUAGUACUUUAUAUUCCCAUGAUCUUCAUCAUAUCAUCUUACAUCUGUAUCAUCCACGCCCUCUUCACCAUCACACUUCCCAAGGACAGACACCGAGCCAUAAAGACAUGCACCUCACACCUGAUACUAGUUGCCAUAUUCUACCUUCCAAUUAGUAUCAUCAACAUCUUCUCAUUUAUGCCCACCAACAUGCGGAUCAUCAAUUUCUCCCUGACCUCAGUACUGCCUCCCAUGCUGAACCCCAUCAUAUAUGUUCUGAAGACAGAGGAGUUCAAGGUGUCAAUCAAGAGGCUGCUCAGAAGAGGAGCCCAGAGAGCUGUGGGGACAGUGAAAUCAACAUAACACAUUCAGUGGUUUGGCGGUUAUAUGAAGUGUUGUCAAAAUGUUUUGCAUCUCACAGUUGCUUUCUCUAGGACUUGUGGAACCAUGCUUAGAGGACAUUAAAGAUAAUCUCAUUCAAAAGCAGAGU